AUGAGACUUCUUGGUGUGUUUGGUUCUGAGACAAAUGAAACACAGUCAGUGUCAGUGAUGGAGGGUGAUUCUGUCACUCUAUACACUGAUGUAACUGAAAUACAUGAAGAGGAUGAAAUAAUGUGGAAUUUUGGAGCUGAAAACUCUCUGAUAGCUCAAAUAAAUAGAGCCUCUGGAAUCUUCUUCACAUAUGGUGGUCCUGAUGACAGAUUGAGAGACAGACUGAAUCUGGACUAUCAAACUGGAUCUCUGACCAUCACAAACAUCACAACUCAACACACUGGACUCUAUAAAGUAAAGAGAAUUGCAGCUGAACUCUCAUUAAAAACAUUCAGUGUUUCCGUCUAUGCUCAUCUGCCCACACCUAACAUUAUCAGAGAUAAUUCACUAAAUCUUUCAUCAUCUUCAUCAUCAUCAUCUUCAUCACAGCAGAAUUGUUCAUUGUUGUGUUCAGUGGUGAAUGUGAGUCAUGUGACUCUCUCCUGGUACAAAGGAAACAGUUUAUUGUCCAGCAUCAGUGUGUCUGAUCUCAGCAUCAGUCUCUCUCUACCUCUGGAGGUGGAAUAUCAGGAUAAUAAUACCUAUAGUUGUGUGGUGAACAAUCCCAUUAGCACCCAGACUCAACAUCUGGACAUCACUCAACACUGUCAGAUUCACUCAGGUACCCUACCUUUAUUGUACGUAGUGUUGAUUUCUGCUGCUGGAUCUCUGUUGAUUGUAGCUGCAGUCGUGAUGUGCUGCAUCUGCAGGAAAUGUAGAAAAACAGCCAAGUAA